AUGUUGAAACAUGUUGAUCUAGUGAAUCCAGUUUUAAUAGAGUAUUGGAAGUCUAUUAAUCCUGAUGUUCAAACAGGAGUGUUAUUGUUGAAAACAGCUGAAGGUCCUUCCAAAAAGUCUCAAAAAUCCAAGAAGGAUGCUAAGUCCACUCCUGAGAAGCCUCUUCAAGAACUCAAACCCAAGAAGCCUCUAAAGAAACAAUCUAUGGAAGAGGAGCAUGUUUCGUUAACAGAGACAAUGCCUACUGAGCCUAAUGUUGGUGAGACAGAAAAAGAAGUAAUUCCAUCAAAGUCUGGUGUUUUCAAAAGAAUCAAACAAAAAUCUCAUGGUUCACGAAAGUCACCAGAGAGGUCAUCCAGUUUUUCUCCAACAAUAGUUCAAAAACCCCAUGUGACACGGCAAGGGGUAAUCAUUCUUGAAGUUCAAGCUCCAGUUUCUCCUUCAUCAAAGAAACGAAGAGUUAAGGAUAUGGCGAAGCACAUUUCCAAGAAGAUUAAAAAGAGGAAGUUGAUUUUUCAAAAAGAAUCUUCUGAAGAUGAAAAAGUUCCUGAAACUCCUGAAGCUACUCUUCCCAAAACAGUUUUGUCUCCUUAG